AUGGAAUUUGUAAUUUGCUAAAACACUUAAUGUCCAGAAAAAUAUAUCUGUUUAAAUGCGGAAUGUUAUUAAGUUGAAAAAAAGCAAAUUUAAUGUUACUAAUGUCUAACUAAAUAUCAUUUAAGUAAAAACAAAGUCGUAAAGCAUGUUGAUGAUUUCAUUGAGCUCGAAUAAUUUAUUAAUGAAAUAAAAAAGAAACAAAUUAGAAGAAAUACUUUCAUUCAAAUGAUUAUUUAGUAAGCGCUAGACUUUUCAAAGAAUAAAAUCUAGGAAGUAUAAUUAAGUAGAAAUGCUGAUCUAAUAAAGAAUGCUACUGAGAAAAUAGAAGGAGAAACAAUCAAGUUACUAAAAUUUUUGACCUCUACAUAUUUGGAGCAAAAAUUCACAUUUCCAUACCAAAACUCAUUUCAUGUUUUUUAUGUUAAGUUUUUCUUUGAAGAUGAAAAUAAAUAUUAAGAAGAUUCAAAAUCAUAACUAACAACACUGUUUUCAUAAAUUGAGAAAUAUAUGCAGUCUCUUGAUUUGGACAUACGAACAACUAUAAAAAGGUCCCAAUAGAAACUAGAAGUGCUUGAAAAACAAGUCACUUAAUUUAGUAAAUAAUCUUUGUACAAUAAAUUUUUAUUAUUACUCCUAAUAUUAUUGUUUCCAUAUUUAUUCUAUUUGCAAUCUAAUCAAUUUGAGAUCUUAAGUUUUGAAAGGCAACAAGGAUUGACUACUCAAAGAUAAGAUUAAUUAUAGUAGGAUGUCUUGAAUUUGAAGGAUAACUUUAAUCUACUUGAAUAAUAGCACCAAUACUUAUUAAUAAAUCAAACUGGAGAUAUAUAAGCAUUAAAUUAGACUGUUACACAAGUAAUAGACAGUAUUUAAAAAUUAAAACUGCGUUUUGAUACCUUUAAAUAAAGUUAUACUUUGAAUUUAGAAAAAGAUAAGAACAAUUUUUAGAGUCAAGUAGAAGCCAUAUAAAAUAAUCUAACAUAGUUUCUUAAUUCAGAAUUUGAUUUGAGAAGUAAAAUAUAAGAAAUAUCAUCAAUGCUUUAACUACAAAACUUUAAGAAAGAAUAGAUCAAAUCUGUGUCUGCAUAAUAAAUUCAAGUAAAAAAGGAAUAAAAAAAAAAAUUAAAGAAAAUAAUAGAUUACAUAGAGGAGGAGAAUGUGAUGAGGAAGAUAAUUCAAUUGAAAAAUUACGUAUAUACACUUUUGAAUUUUAGACAUUUAAUCAAAAUUCAUUUACAUCUACCAAAAAAUAAUCUGAAGGGAUUUGAAUUAAUAUAUGACGAGUUAUUUAAUAAGCCCAUAUUACUUUAAACAAUGGCUUCAAUCUAAUAAAUGGUUUUUAAACAUGACAGGGAUAACCCUUUACUAUGUUUGGGAGGUUUAAGCAUUAUGAGUUUAGAAAUCAUUGAUUUAAUAGCAUGUGACUUUGCAAAUGACAUGUUUAGACCAACUUUUGAUUCUUAAAAGGCGAUUAAAAGUACUCAUGGAAAUAUCUACUGGUAUUAAGUAUAAGAAUAAUCAUUUGGAUUUGCACCUAAUGAAAGCAUAAAUUUAUUACUGUGCGAUGAUUAAGAUGAAAAGAGUGAAUACAGAUUAAGCUAUUGGUAUAAUAUAAAAACUCUUUCAGGAGGACGUCGCUUAGGUAUGAAUUUGUCUCUAGAGAACUCAAUUGAAUAUAGAUUAUAGAUAUAUUUAUUGAAUCCUCCAUUUUAAUGA